CUCCGGCCGCGGGAGGCGGCGGGGCCGGGAGUGGCGGCCCCGCUGGAGCCGGCGCGGGGCCUGCGGGAGCAGCAUGGCCGCCAGCCUCUGGAUGGGGGACACUGUUGAGCCUGGUUCAUGCAUGCCUGCUGGUUUUGAGUGGCAUCGACCCUCUUAAAUGAGGCUUCUUUUUGAAGUCUGGAGCCGUAUAUGGAUGAAAACUUUGUUUCAAGAGCCUUUGCCACCAUGGGAGAGCUGGUACUGAGCGUAAAAAUCAUUCGAAACAGGUUGACAGGAAUUCCAGCAGGCUAUUGCUUUGUAGAGUUUGCAGAUCUAGCUACUGCAGAGAAAUGUUUACACAAAAUCAAUGGAAAACCGCUUCCUGGGGCUACACCGGCAAAGCGAUUUAAACUGAAUUAUGCAACGUAUGGGAAACAGCCUGAUAACAGUCCAGAAUAUUCCCUUUUUGUGGGAGACCUGACUCCUGAUGUGGAUGAUGGCAUGUUAUAUGAAUUUUUUGUUAAAGUUUAUCCCUCGUGUAGAGGUGGCAAAGUCGUUUUGGACCAGGCAGGAGUAUCCAAGGGUUACGGGUUUGUGAAGUUUACGGAUGAGCUGGAACAGAAAAGAGCCCUGACCGAGUGUCAAGGAGCUGUGGGCUUGGGCUCCAAACCUGUACGCUUGAGUGUGGCUAUACCAAAAGCUAAUCGUGUGAAAGCCAUGGAGUACAACCAGAUGUACAGCUAUAACUAUAACCAGUAUUACCAACAAUAUCACAACUACUACGCGCAGUGGGGCUAUGACCAGAACACGGGCAGUUACAGCUACAGCUAUCCCCAGUAUGGAUACACCCAGAGCACAAUCCAGACAUACGAAGAAGUCGGUGAGGAUGCAUUGGAAGAUCCAACACCUCAGCUAGAUGUCCACGAAGCAAACAAACAGUUUAUGGAACAGAGUGAAGAGCUCUAUGAUGCCUUGAUGGACUGUCAUUGGCAGCCUUUGGACAGUGUCUCUUCAGAGAUUCCAGCUGUGUUAUAGCCUCAGGCUGAGGCACUGUGUCUGUGUGACAAGCCCGCCGGUGUGCUCCAGACUGUUCAUGCUGCGCCAGGACCCUGCAGUAGUGAGGGGUGGCCCUUUCUCCACCCAGGUCUGUUACUUGAAGUACAGGAGGACUGUGGCUUUCCCUGUACGGAAUGAAUAUCAUAGGAGCAUCAUGGUAAACUUUUAUUCAUGGGGAAAGUUAGAACUGCAACAGUUUUAUUCCUUUUGUCUUGAAAUGAACUCUUAUUUGGGAAUUGUAAUUUAUAAACUCUCAGCGAGAUGGCACAGGGGAAGGACUCUACUCCAACGUCCAAUAAAAAAGUUGGUCUUUUAAGUAAAAUCA